AUGGGUUGCACGUUGAGUACGGAUGACAAGGCGGCUCAGGAGAGGAGCAAGAUGAUCGACAGAAACCUCCGGGACGAUGGGGAGAAGGCAGCCCGGGAGGUGAAGCUUCUGCUGCUCGGAGCUGGCGAGUCUGGAAAAAGUACAAUUGUUAAACAGAUGAAGAUCAUCCACGAGGCUGGGUACUCUGAGGAAGAAUGUAAGCAGUACAAGGCCGUGGUUUAUAGCAACACCAUCCAGUCAAUUAUCGCCAUCAUCCGAGCGAUGGGGCGUCUGAAGAUUGACUUUGCCGAUCCUGCCAGAGCGGACGAUGCGCGGCAGCUCUUUGUGCUGGCCGGCUCUGCUGAGGAGGGCUUCAUGACCGGAGAGCUGGCGGGGGUCAUCCAGAGACUGUGGAAAGAUGGAGGUGUCCAGGCCUGCUUCAGCCGCUCCCGGGAGUACCAGCUCAACGACUCCGCCGCAUACUACCUUAAUGACCUGGACAGGAUAUCCCACGGAGCCUAUGUGCCCACCCAGCAGGACGUGUUGAGGACCCGGGUCAAAACCACCGGCAUUGUGGAGACGCACUUCACGUUCAAGGACCUCCAUUUCAAAAUGUUUGAUGUGGGCGGGCAGAGAUCAGAAAGGAAGAAGUGGAUCCAUUGUUUUGAAGGGGUCACGGCCAUUAUCUUCUGCGUGGCGCUCAGUGACUAUGACCUUGUGCUGGCCGAAGACGAGGAAAUGAACCGGAUGCACGAGAGCAUGAAGCUGUUUGACUCCAUCUGUAACAACAAGUGGUUCACGGACACCUCCAUCAUCCUCUUCCUGAACAAGAAGGAUCUGUUUGAGGAGAAGAUCAAGAAGAGUCCUCUGACCAUCUGUUACCCGGAGUACGCAGGAGGCAACACUUACGAGGAGGCGGCGGCUUACAUCCAGUGUCAGUUUGAAGACUUGAACAAGAGGAAGGACACCAAGGAGAUCUACACCCACUUCACCUGCGCCACAGACACCAAGAACGUGCAGACUGCGGCCUUUUCUAAUGCGUUUGUUUUAGCUCAUCACCGCCUGGAGACGCGCCCCUGGGCAGGCGGCUUCACAUCCGGGUCAUCCGCCAGUAUCUCUCCCAGUGGUUUGCGAGAGCCAGAGCUUGAGAGCCAGACACAGACAGCACAGGGGGAAAAUAUCUCGCCUCGCAGCCGGAGCGGACACUGCGCCUGGCGUGCGUCGCUCGACAUGGAACCGCUGGCGAUGUGA